GUCAUUUUCUAAAGGGUCUAGACCAUUCUCUCUCUAACUCUGUUUCUCUCUCUCUCUCUCUCUCUCUCUCUCUUUCUUUCUCUCUCUCCACCCCUCUGCUUAAACAACCCUUCCGCUCUCACUCCCCCUACCCACCAAAAAACUCUAUAAAUCUCCCACCACUUAUAAAUCUUCUUUCUAUUCAAAGUCCUCUCAAAACUUUGGAUCCAAACCAAUUAACCCCAAGUUCCAAAAAACAAAAAAGAAAAAGGAAGAGGAAAAAAGAAAAAAAAAAAAAAAAAGCAUGGAAGCUGAAAAUCAGAAAAGCAACGUAUGGGAAGGUUAUGUGGAUUGGAAGAACAGACCUGCAGUCAUAGGCCGCCAUGGAGGCAUGCUUGCUGCUUCCUUUGUAUUGGUGGUGGAGAUCAUGGAGAAUUUGGCAUAUCUAGCAAAUGCAACGAAUUUGGUGCUCUACUUGGCAACGUAUAUGCAUUUAUCUCCAUCGAAAUCGGCCAACGAUGUGACGAAUUUCAUGGGAACGUCUUUCCUUCUUGCUCUGCUUGGAGGUUUUCUAUCUGAUGCUUUUUUCACUACUUAUCAAAUCUACCUGAUAAGUGCAGUCAUCGAGUUUCUGGGCCUAAUUAUACUCACGAUACAAGCUCAUUCAUCAUCCUUAAAGCCACCGGAAUGUAACCCAUUAAUAAACCCAUUAGACUGCCAAGAAGUUACCGGAGGGAAAGCAGCAAUGCUAUUCAUAGGUCUCUACCUUGUUGCUCUUGGUGUUGGAGGCAUCAAAGGCUGUCUACCUUCUCAUGGAGCCGAACAGUUCGAUGAAAGCACCCCACAAGGAAGAAAACAGAGAUCCACCUUCUUCAAUUACUUCGUUUUCUGCCUCUCUGUAGGUGGACUAAUUGCAGUCACUUUUGUGGUUUGGAUUGAAGACAACAAAGGCUGGGAAUGGGGUUUCGGAAUCGGCACUAUCUCCAUUUUCUUAUCCAUCCCUGUUUUCGUUGCCGGUUCGUCAUUUUACAGAACCAAAAUUCCCACCGGAAGUCCACUCACAACCAUUUUCAAGGUUUUGGCGGCGGUUUUGGUUAGCCUUUUCGUGACUAGAAGUCCGAGAAAUGCUAUUGCGAGCAUGGCAACAAAUCCUCCUUCUCCAUUGACAGACAACAUCAAAGAAACGGAAGAAGAAAACAAAACCAAUACAAAAGAAUCAGAGAAAACCGAUGGAAUCCCAACAGAGAGCCUCAAGUUUCUGAACAGAGCCGUGGUUGCUAAUCCAGUCCAUGAAUCACUAUCUUGUACUGUUGAACAAGUUGAGGAUGUCAAAACCGUUCUCAAAAUCCUCCCAAUAUUCGCUUGCACGAUCAUGCUCAAUUGCUGUUUGGCUCAGCUUUCCACAUUCUCAGUUCAACAAGCAGCUUCCAUGGAUACCAAGCUGGGUUCUCUAAAAGUCCCACCGGCUUCUCUUCCGGUUUUCCCUAUCCUUUUCAUCCUCAUCAUAGCCCCAAUUUACGACCAUUUCAUUAUACCCUUUGCUCGUAAAUUGACCAAAUCCGAAAUGGGAAUAACGCAUCUUCAGCGUAUCGGAAUCGGCCUUUUUCUCUCCAUUGUAGCCAUGGCAGUCGCCGCACUCGUCGAGAUAAAGCGGAAGCGAGUCGCUUCCGAUUCCGGACUAAUCGAUUCCCCAUCUCCGUUGCCCAUCAGUUUCCUUUGGAUUGCGUUUCAGUAUCUUUUUCUUGGCUCCGCUGAUCUUUUCACCUUGGCUGGAUUGUUGGAGUUCUUCUUCUCGGAAGCUCCGACGACGAUGAGAUCUUUAGCCACGUCUCUUUCGUGGGCUUCUUUGGCAAUGGGUUACUAUAUGAGCUCCGUGAUCGUUUCCAUAGUCAAUGAUGUGACUGGAAAUUCAAAGAAUCGGCCAUGGCUGUCUGGAAGAAACUUGAACCACUAUCACCUUGAAAGAUUCUACUGGCUCAUGUGUGUUCUUAGCGGAUUGAAUUUCUUGCACUAUCUUUUCUGGGCAAACCGAUACAGAUACAGAACAAGAAGAGCAAAUUAACAACCGUAUCGUUUUAUAUAUAGAUAUACCUACCUUGCAUGCAAGCAAAUCAAGGUAUAACUCGCUGGGGUUGUAUGUAAGUUGUGCUUUGAGAGAAUGUUUGUCCUGGCCAGCUACUUUGUCUUUGAUUGCUAUUGAAUGCAAGAAUUGGAGAGAUUUGGGAUUUGAAUGGUUUGAAAAUCGGUUUGAAUGAGAGUUUGAAAAGAAAAUGUAAUAUUGUAUAUGUAAUAUUUAAUUAGCUAGCUAGCUAUACGUAUAUUUUGUAGUCAUUGUUAUUUCCAUGGUAACGUUUAGUUUGAUAUAUGUAGCGUUCGGGUUGAUGUUGUUAUAUAUAUUAUAUCAAGCUGUUGUUUGCCGCUUUUCUUA